AAAACACGUCCAAAACAAACACCAGCUUCAUUCUUCCAAAUAAAAAAUCAAAAGCUCUAAAUUCUUUCGCUGGGUUGUAACCUGCAAACAAAGUGUUUGGCUAAACGCCCUUUAUUUACUGUGUGUACCUUUUCCACUGCAAACAAAGGUUAGAAUACACCUAUUUUCUGGUAUUCAUAACGCCAAGGGAUGGAGUUCACAACUUGUCUUAAAUCCAACUUUAACCAACUAUCAACUUUUCUACACCAACCGAUUAAUCGCCAGAACACUCACUAUCGCCGUUUUUUAGCUUCGCUCUACACUAUGACUGCUAAAUCUAUGCACUGCAGAGCCACUGCCGAAAUGCAAAGCAAGAGCGGCUCAUUUGGAACCAUCGAAAAGGUCAAACCAAUCUCUGGUGAUCAUUCCUCUGAUCUGGCAUUAUCAAGUUUAGCAGCUCUAUGCCCAUUAGAUGGCCGCUAUUGGGAUAAAGUUAAGGAUCUGGUUCCAUUCAUGAGCGAGUAUGGCCUCAUUCGCUUUCGAGUCCUAGUUGAGGU